CCCAGAGGAGUGGCUCCGCUGCUCUGCCUGCGUUAGGAGUCUGUCCUGCAGGGGGACGACAGGGCUUUUGCUGGCGAGCCCAGAGGGCUGCUGUGCUGGGACAGGCAAGUUUCAGCUCCGGGGACGUCGGCCCAGAGAUGAGGCUGCUGUGGACUCUCCCGACCCUCUGGCUGUUGGCAGCAGAGGAUCUCUCUGCCCACGGGGCCCGGACCCGCAGAGAGCUGGCACCGGGCUUGCACGAGCGGGGGAUCCGUGACGCCGGCGGCUCGUACUGUGAGAGGAGCGAUGCCUGCUGCGCCGGCAGGGACGACGCCUGCACCGUGCCUUACCUGGAUACCAUCUGCUACUGCGACCUUUUCUGCAACCGCACUGUCUCCGACUGCUGCCCUGACUUCUGGGAGUACUGCCUGGGCAUCCCACCCCCCGUGCCUGUGCACAAAGGUUGUGAUCGUGGUGGACACAAGUACCCAACCGGAGCCACCUACAGAGAAAACUGCAACCUCUGCACUUGCAGCGGGAACGGGAAGUGGGACUGUGAGCAGCACGCCUGCCUCAUCGAUGGCGAGAUGAUUGAUGCCAUCAACAGAGGGAAUUAUGGCUGGAGAGCCGCCAACUACAGCCAUUUCUGGGGGAUGACGCUGGACGAAGGGAUCCACUACCGGCUGGGGACCAUCAAACCACCCCCCACGGUCAUGCACAUGAACGAGCUGCAGAUGAGCAUGGACACCAACGAGCGGCUCCCCAGCCAUUUCAACGCAGCUGACAAGUGGCCCGGGUUGGUCCUCGAGCCCCUGGACCAGGGCAAUUGCGCCGGCUCCUGGGCUUUCUCCACGGCAGCGGUGGCAUCGGACAGGAUCUCCAUCCAUUCCAUGGGGCACAUGACGCCCGCCCUGUCCCCCCAGAACCUGAUCUCGUGCGACACCCGGAACCAGCAGGGCUGCAGCGGGGGCCGGAUCGACCGGGCCUGGUGGUAUCUGCGCAGGAGAGGGGUGGUGACUGACAGCUGCUACCCCUUCACCAGCCGGGAGAAGGACAGCGCCCCCGCAGGCCGGCCCUGCAUGAUGCAAAGUCGCUCCACGGGCAGAGGGAAGAGACAAGCCACCCAGCAGUGCCCUAACCCCCAGACCCACUCCAACGAGAUCUACCAGUCGACCCCCGCCUACCGCCUAUCCUCCAGCGAGAAGGAGAUCAUGAAGGAGCUGAUGGAUAAUGGGCCCGUGCAAGCCAUCAUGGAGGUUCACGAGGAUUUCUUCGUGUACAAGAGUGGAGUCUAUCGGCACACGCCGGUGAUGGCUGGGAAGCCGGCGCACCACCGGAGACACGGCACCCACUCAGUGAAAAUCACAGGGUGGGGAGAAGAGAGGACGCCCCAGGGGCAGACUCAGAAGUACUGGGUGGCUGCGAACUCCUGGGGCAAGCACUGGGGAGAGGGCGGCUACUUCCGCAUCGCCCGGGGCGCCAACGAGUGCGAGAUCGAGACCUUCGUGGUGGGCGUCUGGGGCCGCGUCAGCAUGGAGGACAUGCGGCGCCGGAAGUGAGCCAGCCGGGUGGCCCCGCAUGGCACGGGGAGACCGUUCCUCCCACAGCCCCGACGUGCUCCAUGAAGCCCAAGUGUGAUCUGGACCCAGCCACAGGCACCUGCAGCAGACUCUGGCUCCGUCGCUACCCCCAAGGGACCCCGAAGGAUCCCCAGCCGGCCACCGUCCUCUCCCAGGACUACGUAGGGCUCUGGGAGGCCUGGCACCCCGGGGGCCUGGGAGGAUCCCUGAGGACUCAUGGAGCUGCCACCAAGGAAUGUCUUCAUAGCACGGGCCUCACUCUCUCCUGGUAACGGACCCUCGGCCCUGACCAGUCCCUAGCUGGAGACGUGCUGGGACCCCCAGGCCUGGUCCCCUCUGGGAUGCGCUUUAGUGAGGACAGGGCCCUGUUUACACUACUCGAGUGGGGUUUUGGGCUGCGGCUUCUGCUGUGGGGCUGGGGUGUCUUGGGCCCCGCCGUGUGGAAAUCAGAUUGGUCUGUCACCCCACCCUUUUGGGAACCCUGCCGCCGCCUUCGGGGCCCCCAUUGUCCCAGCCCCGCCACCCAUGGCUGGGCUUUUCCCCAGAGAUACGGAGGGGGCCCUAGGGCUUCCUGGACCCCCAGCUCUCCAGAGACCAACCUGUAGUUAACCCUUUCAUCUCCCCAGGGGCAAGCUGCCUGGCCCUUGUGCAGAGCUCACGGGGUGCCACUGAGCCACGCCUUUAUCACCCCAGUGGCAGGGUGUUUGCCCCUUUGCCCCCUGCCAGCGGGCGAGGAGGUGGCACAGCCAGCACUAGGAGCCCCAGCCUUUCCGGAGAGCCUCCCGCGUUAGCAGGGAGCUGGGUCUCCAGGGGUUACCACCAGCCACGCGGCCUGGAUGGAGCUGGGCCGGGGCAGGAGAGUAACUGACGUGCUGCUGUUCUUCACCCUGGUCAUCUCUAGCUUUCCCAUCAUCCUAGAGGUCCCCUCCCCUGCGCCCCUGGGAGCCCACUCUGGUCUCCCACCCAGUCCCACUGCAGUCCCCACAGGAUCUCCGACCAACUUCCCAAUUUCCCACACACCCCAUCCCCCCGCCCUUCCACAGCCCCCUGCUCUGAGCCUCAGCGUCUCGCCUCCAAACGACCCCCGUCUCGCGCGGAGCCCUGUUGGAACCCGGGCAAGGCUGGCUUUCUGCUGACACCGAGGCCGCGGUGCGCUGGCCCGUAGCUUAUAUGUGCUGAGCACUUGAAAGUGCGUCCCCAGCCCCCUGGCUUUUCACCACGGCCCCACGCUUUGUACGGGCCGGCAGGGUCUUAGUGCCUAAUCCCGGCCUGGCUAAACAGGCCAUUGUUGGGCGCCGGAGGUCGCUCGGAUGUUUGCGCUCUAUGCCCUCGCUGGCGCUGUCAGCGGCGCGGCCCGAGUCGUGACAGUAAGCUGCAGCCUUUCAUGUCAAAGAGGCAGAGGAUUGUUAAACCAGCCCUGUGCUUCCGCCUGACCGGAGCGGCGGGACGGGGAGGGGGUCUUAGAACUGCCUGCUCCCGCAGAGGAGCCAGGCACCGCUCCAAGAGUGGGAACCUGGGGGGCCAGGCACCGGACUGGCCGCAGGGGCAGAGAGAUCAACGCAAAGGCUGGGGUGGAGAGCUGCGCUGGGGUGGGCGGGGGCAGGAUGGAGGGGGGACGCAGCGCCCUCCUGCACUGGUCUCUGGGGCAGGCCUGCAGGGAGGGGAGUCUGGCUUGGAUUCUGGUUCCUCCCUGGGGUGGAUGCUCUACCAGCAAAGUAACCAGCUAGGAAACCUUCCCCCGCUCCCUGCCUGCUGCCAUACGUCCCCCCACUGCCGCUCCAGUUCCCCGCGGGCCGCUCUCUGCCCCGGCUGGGCAGCCCUGGAAUUACUGUUUGGCUCCAAAGGGCUCUGUGAGCCCCAAUGAAGAGGCAGCUCUCUGCGCUGAUGCAGGGCAGCAGACGCCCGUCAGCGUCAGGGGUGAUUGGCUCCGGGGCGGAGAAGGAGCAAAACGAAAUGGGACCCCUGGCUCGAUCCAGGGCAGAAACCCAGUGUCUGACACACGGCAUUGCUGUGGCAAACUCUCUCCCAGGCCCUGGUGUGCGUUUCCUCUCCCCUCCGUGAUGCUACCCAGGCUGGACGGCUUGUCCUGCCUAGGCCUCCUUACCCACUUGGAUUUAUUUUGCCCUCUCCGCCCAGCUGCUGCCCCCUUUCAGCAAAUCCCCAUUGUCCAGCUCAGAGCUUAGCUGCAAAAAACAUCAAAAACUGUGAAAUCCUUCCCCUGCUCCGUGCCCAUCCCUCCGGCUUCCUGGCUGCGCUCGGAUCUGUUUCUCCUUGUUCAAGAAGCGGCGUUGAAGUUAAGGGCCGAGCCAGCUCUUCUCUCAAGGCCUUGAGCCUUUAAAGAGCGCUGUGUGAGAGCCCGUGCAACACCCCCUUCCCGUGUGCACAGCCAACCGGGCCUUUGUGUUUUGCACAAGCGGGCGUUGCUCACUAGGGGAUGGAAUUUGCCCCUGUGCAGACUUGGUAGCGCACAGCCUCUGAUCACUUGAGCCUUGUACUGGCCUGGGGUGAAUGUCACACAAGGGGCAUUUGUGCCUUUAACGCCUGUGUCUUAGUUAUGGAUCCAGAUAACACAGGGCCCCAAAGGAAUGGUGUUCUUCCACCUGCCGCGCAGCUGGCUUCAGGCCAGGAUUCUCCGCCGGGGUAGCUCGGUGCUGCGCCCGGCUGGGAGCUGUCUCAGCGUAAAGCCGUACGACUCCGGAGUGUAAUCUAAACUUCUCCCCAGCCUGUCACUUUCCAGGACAGGCACCGAAUCUGCCUUUUCCCUGUGGUGCUAACGGGCCCAGCGCAGGAAAAUGUCCAUUACCAAGGGCCUUGAUUUGGGGAAUUUAUCCUUCCGUUGAUGUCAGUGGCAAAGCCCUCCUCCCCCCCACACACCCUUUGACUUCAGUGGGAGCUGGAUCAGGGCCACUGGUAGAUAAUGUUACAUGUUGCAAUGUUUGCUUAUGUACUCACAGCUUUGUCCAGGAUCAGGGGAGGGAGGCACUCUGUGUGUCUCUCUCUCCUGAUCCAAAGGGUAGUUGCUCUCAGACCAACGUCCCUGUCCACGCGUCAGCGAGGAGAGCUGGUGUCCGAGAUGUGGCAGAGGCUUUGUCAGGACAAUCGGGGUCCUGAGACUGCACUGGCCAGGCUGAACAGUGAGUCUGUAGCCAAAGACAAAACAAGCCCACAAUCUACCUGCCUAGCUAGCGGUCGGGCUGUCCGGAGGGGUUGUAUUGUAAGAGUCUUUUGUAUUUAUUGUGCUUUUUAUUAUUUGUACAUAAAUUUAUUGAAGCCUCUCACCA